AAGAUUAUCUACAGAAUAUGCAAAUCUAAUAUAAAAGUGUGAUUUUUAUGAAAUAGUUAAAAUUUCCAUUAUUUGUUUAAUUACAGUUUAAAAACUGAAAAUGAAGGUUUUUGUUGUUUCGAUAUUGUUAGCGGUUGUGACGAUAAUCAGAGGACAAGCAAUUUGUCUAGAUUCUAAGUAUCAAUGCAAAGAAGAUCAAACUUGUUGCCAGGCUAACGAAGGAUACGGAUGUUGUCCUAUGGAGGAUGCGGUAUGCUGUUCAGAUCUUCAGCAUUGUUGUCCAGAUGAAUAUAUCUGCGUAGAUCAAUUUAAAAUCUGCGUGAAGUAUCCAGAUGUGACCGGAAAACAUAAUUUUACAAGAAAAUUAGAGCCUCUCCGAGAAACUUUCUCUUUAGUUAGCCACUCGUAUUCAUGUCCACUAUGUCCUUUUUGGGCGACUUGUUGUUCGAUGACUACAGGCCAAAUAGGCUGUUGCCCUUUUUCAAAUGCUGUCUGUUGUAGGAAUAGGAACACCUGUUGUCCACCAGGAUAUAGUUGUUAUUUGUCAGGGUUGUGCAGAUCUAACACGGAGCCAAAGAAGAUUCCAAAAAUCCAGAAAAAUUCAAUUGCUUUAUCAGAAUACAAGUCGUUGGUGCGAAGUUCGGUAGAUCUUGUACAGUGCCCCGAUGGCAAUUAUUGCAAUUCUGGAAAUAGUUGCUGUUUGAUAGGAUCUAACACUUAUGGGUGCUGUCCCUUUCCUCGAGCUGUAUGCUGCUCUGAUAAAGUUCAUUGUUGUCCUAAUGGUAUGACAUGCGACAGUUCAGGUUUCUGUACCAAUGGAUUGGAUAUUAUUUCUUGGUUUGAGAAAAAACCAGCAAUUAAACGACCUAAAAUAGAAAAAAACAACAUAACAUGGAAUAAUUGCAUUAGACCGUGUACUGACGGAGCUCACUCAAUGUCCGGAUACAAAGCAGGUCUUCAAGGAUUAGUUAAAAAGAAAGCACCAUAUGUUAUCUGGACGCACUGUAUGCUUCAAAGAGCAGCUCUAACGUCAAAAAAUAUAAGCGAGAAAAAAAUGAAGGUUUUUGUUCUUUCGAUAUUGUUAGCGGUUGUGACGAUAAUCAGAGGACAAGCAAUUUGUCUAGAUUCUAAGUAUCAAUGCAAAGAAGAUCAAACUUGUUGCCAGGCUAACGAAGGAUACGGAUGUUGUCCUAUGGAGGAUGCGGUAUGCUGUUCAGAUCUUCAGCAUUGUUGUCCAGAUGAAUAUANUUGGCCAUGCUACACACGUACGGGUAUACCUGAACAGGUGCAUCUAUCCGGUAUAUCUGAACGUGCGGUGGGAAAACAAUUAAAAGUUCUGUCCUUCACGCCUUCAGGUAUACCGGUACGUGUGUAA